AUGGAAAAUAUAGCAUUCAUUUGUCUUCAGAGCUGCACAAGAGGUAUAUACGGCUGCCAAUUUUAUAGCGCUACAUUGGAAAAUUAUCAUAACAUAUCAUUUCCAAUAUUUCUAUUGCAGACCACCUUAUUUAAUCACUGUAUCUCUUUAAACUGGUCUAAAGCUGUGUUUAAUCGUAUUAAGAGGCGAAAGUACAUGAUGGAACUGAAAAAGCACUGUUACAAUUACCAGGUGAGUAGGAUAGGAAAUCGGAAAAAAAAUGGGUGCUUCUUUCUAAAAAUGGCCAACAACAGAGUUUUCUCAGUCAAAAAUAGCCCAAGAUUAUUGCUCUUCUUUAUAUAA